CAAUUGCCCUCCAUGCCAGUAGGUGGCAGUCAUCGCAGUUUAAACUUGCUGCUUCCACGCGCUUUCGAGUGUCGCGCAGGUAAACAGCGGAUAGAAACAUGGCGUCCUCCGUGAGAAAAGCAGGCCAUGAUAUCGAAACGCGAAAAAGGACCGAGGACGUGCUCCUGGCGGAGGGUAUCGACUUCAGCUCUCUGCUGCUGUCGCAGCCCGUUCUGGACGGACUGUCCGCUGCUGGUUUCCAGAAACCUUCGCCAAUACAACUGAAAGCGAUCCCGCUCGGUCGAUGUGGACUCGACUUAAUUGUUCAAGCCAAGUCUGGGACAGGAAAGACAUGCGUGUUCUGCACCAUCGCCCUGGACUCUCUGAUCCUGGAGAAUCCUGCCACUCAGGUUCUUGUCUUGGCUCCCACGCGGGAAAUAGCGGUGCAGAUCCACUCGGUGGUCAUGGCUGUCGGCUGUGCCAUGGAAGGCUUGGAGUGUCACGUCUUCAUCGGGGGCAGACCUGUGAGCCAGGACAAAUCCCACCUGAAGAAGUGUCACAUUGCUGUGGGGUCACCCGGUCGCAUCAAACAGCUGAUCGAGCUGGGCAUGCUGUCCACCGCCAGCAUCCGACUGUUCGUUCUGGAUGAAGCUGACAAGCUGCUGGAGGAAGGGAGCUUCCAGGAGCAGAUCAACUGGAUCUUCUCAGCUCUGCCUGUCAACAAACAGAUGCUCGCACUUUCUGCCACGUACCCAGAAUCCCUGGCUCAGCACCUUACCCGCUACAUGAACGAGCCCACGUUUGUUCGACUCAAUCCUAAAGACAUGGGACUGAAAGGUCUGAAGCAGUUCUACAAGCUGGUGCCUUCCCAUCCUCUUCCUCACAAGGUCUUUGAGGAGAAGGUGCAACAUUUACUGGAGCUGUUCAGUAAAAUCCCAUUCAAUCAAGCUUUAGUGUUUUCCAACCUGCACACACGGGCCCAGCACCUGGCAGACAUCCUGUCCUCCAAAGGCUUACCUGCUGUCUGUAUAUCAGGUGGACUUAGUCAGGAUCAGAGACUGGAAGCCAUGUCAAAACUAAAACAGUACCAGUGCAGAGUGCUCAUCUCCACUGAUCUGACGUCCAGAGGAAUCGAUGCUGAGAAAGUAAACCUGGUUAUAAACCUGGACGUGCCGCAGGAUUGGGAAACCUACAUGCACAGAAUCGGACGGGCUGGACGUUUCGGCACUCAUGGGCUGGCUGUGACCUACUGUUGCCAUGGUGAAGAAGAAAACAAGAUGAUGGCCAUUGCUCAGAAGUGUGGCCUUAGUUUGUGUGCUCUGCCAUUGGUCUUAGAGCCCGGGCUGAUGGACGAGUCAUGUGACUGGGAUGUGUGCGCAGACGCUUCCAUCCCAGUGCCCCCAUCUGUGCUGUCAUCCAAAACUGAAAAGAAGAAGACAUCAAGGACUGUCGUCCCCGCUUCUGAUCAGAGGAAGGAUCAAGCUGUGGAGCGGAACAGGCAAAUUAAGGCUGACAAGAUCCAACCGUCCACAAAGGAUCUAUAUGCUGAAGAAAAUGUAAGGAGCGCCGUGCGACCACAGAAACCCGACGUAGCGCCGACUCGAAAAGAACUGCAGGACGCCCUGCCCAAGAUCCCUCCUCUGAGCUCAUUCAAGAACUGCAGCUUGAAGUUUGUGACUUUUGAGGAGGCGGAGCGGGACUUUCACGCCUUCAUCACCACAGGGCUGGGGAGAUCUGUGGAGGUAGUAAGAGAGUAUGGAGGUCGCGAUGGUAAGGACGUGCAGAGGGAGUUUGUCAUGCUCCAUGAAGAUGGAACGCAAAGUUUACCACAAGAUAGUACACAGUUGAAGCCUAGUUUUAGCCCUCAGAGGUCACCUUCUGUGUCCUCUAGCUCCCAGUCAGACGUGGAGGAUGAAUCGGCAGAGUCUAAUCAUACUGAAGGACCAGUUGAACGUAAAACGGUCAAUAAACCUCCGCUGGAAACUAGACCCCCUGUGCGGAAACCCCCUCAGCCUUGGACAAGAGAUCAGACGGCCCGCUCGAGCGGGAGAACUUUGCCUCACCCCAAAAGCAGGGAUUCUGCACCAGGCACCAACCGGACAGCUCCAACAAAGACUCGCAGGGAUGAAGUGAAGAAAGAGGGUAAGAAGGACGAGAUGAAAGGGAAUCGGAGAAGAGAUGAAGAGGACAGCAUGGACACGGAUGAUGAGUGCAGCUCUGAGGCGUACUGGAGAGCCUAUUACAAAGCUUGGAGUGAUUACUAUAACUCCAUGCCCCAUUUUCCAGAGCAGGGCUAUCAGAGCUACUACAAUGUGGCUCACAGCUGGAUGGCAGCUUAUCGCAUGAAUGCAGUUUACAUGGAGGAACUCAUGAAGCACUGAACCAGCUGGAGUUUGUUUGUUGGGUCGGGAAUUCUCUGAAAAGGAGAGCUUUUUGUCCAUUCAGCAGGAUUUCUUGUUCUGUAUUGAUCUUGUUAUGUAUGUAAUAAAUCAUCUCAUUUGAUCGCUG